UAUUUCAUAAGUAUUUUUGCAUACCAAUACUGGUUAGUUGAAGCCACUAAGAAGUCUGGUAUACUUACAGAGUUCUUUCCUGUGAUUGCUUCGACACAGUUUGCAGCUGAAACCUGUAACUAGUCGCCAGUCGGCGACAUCCGGCCGGAGAUAACAUCUAUUCCAACCUGAAUUUGAAGUCAGGCUCUUCAAAGCAGGAGCGCGAUGGACUCGCCGGAGUCGGCCGGCGACUUCCACCAGCACUGCCAGCACUGCGUCAAACUGUCCCGCUGUGCCCAGGCGCCGGCCGUGACCGGGCAGCGCUGUGACGUCAUCGUCUGUCCGGCCGGCUGCGGCCACCGGCUGCACGAGUGUAAACUGGCAGAGCACCAGCUGCUCUGUCCAGAACAGAGGGUGCCGUGCAUUAACGUCGAGUACGGCUGCGAGGUAACGCUGGCACGCCGCCAGCGGGCGGCUCACCUGAGUCGCUGUCCGGCCAGCGUGGUGCUCUGUAUGGCGGAGUGGAACCGAUGGCCGCUGCUGGCCGCCCCGGCGGCUCCGGCGUCAGAGCCGGGCGGAGAGCCGCACUGCCGUCCCCUAGACUCUGAGCUGCUGGAGCGCGACCAGCGCCUGCUGCGCGACUCGCUGGCGCCGGCGCGCAGCCUGGCGCGCCGGCUGCGCGUGUUCCCCGCGGUGCCGCUGCGCCUGCCGGGCACCUACGACUGCUCGCACCUGGCGCCGCAGCUGCAGCUGGAUCAGGAGGCGGCCGCCGCCGAGCGACGGCCCCUCGACCCGCCCGGUCUGGAGCGGAGCGUCUGCAGUCAGCUGGCGCGCACCACACUGACACCUGGCGGCGACGAGACAAACUCCGACUGCGCGCCGCCGCCGCCAGAGCCGGCCGUCGACUCGUACGUAGAGAAGAUGUGUGUGCACCACAUCGGCCGGGACAUGUGUAAACUGUGCCGACACGACCCGCCGCCGGCGCGGCAGCUGGUGCGGCGUACCUGGCAGCCGGACCCGGACCCGGACCCGGAGGGAGGCGGCCUCCGCUGGCGGCGGCUCGAGAUCACCGAGCCCGUCCGACAGCGGCCCGGCAAGUACGACCUGGACGCGGCGCUGCGCAGGAACCGGCAGCUGGCCGCCGAGCAGGCCGACGAGCAGCGGCGCGCCGAGCGCGCGGAGAGCGCCGACGGGCCGCGGCUGGCGCUGACCAUCGACGCCGUGGCCGUGCCCGAGCGGAGCCGGCCGCGCGCGCUCUACACGUUCCAGUGUGCGCGGCCGCUGCGCCGUGACGAGUUCAGCGAACACUUCGGGCGGCUGCACGGCGACGUGCACGGCGGGGCCGGUGGGUGGAUCCAGCAGCGCUGCCCCAUGGCGCAGUACGGCUGUCCCCACUUCGCCGACAGGUUGUAUCCGGACGGCCCGCGGCGGCGGUUCACCGUCAGUCCCGUCUCCGGAUGUGUCGGGGUGACGGACGUCUCCGUACGACCCGUAACCAACGAUACGGAACCGGAGACUGGUACUGAAACAGACCCCGGACAGGAUCCGAUUCCGGACCCGGAGCGGGACCUAGAUCCCGGGUCGGGCGCGGCGCGCCCCUGGCGGUUUGAAGAGCUGCCCUUUGAGGUGCUGCAGCAUAUAGCCAGCCUGCUCGACCCUUACAGCCUGAACCACCUGUCCCUGACGUCCCGCCUGCUGCGAGACGUGUGCGGCUCGCUGCUCAACAGCCGAGGUCUGGUACUGCUGCUCUGGGCGCCCGUCCAGCGAGACGGACGCGUCACCUGGCACACGGUGGCCAAGAGCUGGCGGUUCAGCUGCGCGUUCGGCCCGGUGCGCCGUCUCUGGCUGGGCGGCGGUGCCCACAUGACGGACCACCUGCCGCGCUGUCCGUUCUACCGGCCGGCGCGCGCGGCGGCGCCCUUCGCUCUGGUGCCUGCCCGGACCGCCGGAGAGGAGGAUCAGGAGCUGGAGAGGCGAGUCGAACGGGUCAGGGAGAGGGUCCGACGACGACUCUAGUCCCGCGCGCCGGUGGGAGGGUCCGACGACGACUGUAGCCGCCUGGGAGAGGGUCCGACGACGACUGUAGCCGCCUGGGAGAGGGUCCGACGACUCUAGUCCCGCGCCGGUAGAAGGGGACUGACUGUCCUGGGUCCGUGGGGCCUGUAUGCUUCUCCGAGCGCCGUUAUCGACUGCUGUGCGCGGGAAGGGUGGGAGAGGCGGGUGGAAGAGCUGUGGAACAGCUGUCUCGGAUCUGAUCAGGUUCUGGGAGAGAGUAUCGCUGGUUUUACGGGCGCGUGCUGAUAGGCUACUCACUGCAAUACCUACCUACCUUAUAGGUGAAUCAUGCAGUCUGGGUAAGGGAAAGAGUGCAUUUAGUAUGCAUUUCACCCUGGUGUUAUGGCGAAAUAUCUUCUUCACACGGUGGUGUCUCCGUUAUCUAGAACUUGUUCUUGCUGGACAUUUAAAUAGCGUCGUGAUGGCGACAAGUGCCGAACAAGUGAGUGAUAACUCAGUGUUGUGGGUCAGACAUGGCUUGAACUAUUUAUAUCCAGGCUCAAAGCUGGUGUUUGGCUAGCGUUGAUAUUAGUGUAUUAUUCAUGAGCCGGCGCACAUAGGAGCGCCGUAUAUACUCCGCCGUGAGCGGUGAGUUGCAGAACUCAGGUACCAUGCAGCUGACUUCGGGUGGUGAAUUUGCAUGCCAAGCUUUUCUCACUAAGACGGGGUGACGGGGUAACGAAUUCA